AUGGUACUGAUUGGCCGAACAAGCAGGAGAUUAUUCUCAACUUCUUCGCGGACCCUUUUCAUCAACAAAUUCUUCCGUAAUGUGGUUGAUGCUGCACCAAAGGAACAUAUUGUGAGAGAACUUGUGAGACCUAUCGGUCUUCAGGCUCCUCCCAGAGCAGAGACUGUUUACUCCAGAGGCAAUUCUUUCAAAGAAAUGUUUGAUCGUGAUAAGACCGAGAAGAGAAGUCAGGAACUUGGUGUUGAAUUUAGCAAAUCUGGAAUGUAUGAGCUUCAUGCGUUUCAAAAAAAUGGAGGUAAGAUGUUCAUAUCACCCAAAUCAUACUGGAGAGCAGAUAAGGCCUUGUAUUUUCCACAUCUUAGAGGCACAUCAUUAGCGGGUGCUACGGAGGACUUAGAGGAGAAGAUGAGAGGCAAGAUCAAUAUCAUAAGGCUAUUUACAAAUCAAGUUGGUGACAAAUUAUCGAAGCAAUACCUGCAAAAUAAGGAAUUGGGAAUGGACUACCUGGCGUCGGAUUAUGACAAACUAGCUAAAGAAGGUGUGCAACUCGUGGAAGUCAGUUUUCUCGAGAGCACCAUUAAAAUGAUAAUAGCAAAACUAUCGACUUACAAGUUAAGGAAUCUGAUUCCAAAAGCUAGGCAUUCGACCUACUAUAUGUGCGACAGGGACCAAUUACCUUUCACACUCAGAGAAUCCCUUGAGAUCAAUAACAUUUAUACAGGCUACGUCGUAGUCGUGGAUCCUAAUUUGAAGAUUAGAUGGAUGGGCUGCGGAGCAGCUUCCCAAGAAGAGUUCAAACUACUGUGGAAAUGUGUCAGAGGCAUACGCAAAGAAUUUGCGCCUACAAAGGAGUCCUGA